CGAUUUCUUCUGCCUUCCUUCAGAUUGACUCACAGAAUAACUCUACAGAAUCGUACAAACUCUCAGUUGUCCUCCAUGAGCUCCUUCACUCCAUCUUUCGACAGAGCAACCAGCGAACGUGUUGAAGAAAUCCGCAACAAUCUAAAUGAAAUCCGGCAACGCGUCGACGCUGCUAGUACAUCGUCUACAACACUAGUGGCCGUCUCAAAAUACAAGCAUUCUUCGGACAUCUUGGUCUGCUAUGAGCAUGGACAGCUAAAUUUUGGAGAGAACUACGUCCAAGAGUUGGUCGAUAAAUCAAAGAUCCUUCCGACCGAUAUUCAGUGGCACUUCAUUGGCACUCUUCAAUCAAAUAAAGCAAAACUUCUCGCUUGUGCGUCGCAAUGAUUUACGAAUACACAAGGUCAGCUAAAUCUCAAAACGGUUCUUCACAAAUAGCAAUACCGAAUCUACACACUGUCCAGACACUAUCAUCAGAGAAGACAGCCAAUGCGUUGAAUAAAUCACUACCUGAGGAUCGGAGUGCUCGCCUUAACGUACUCAUACAAAUCAACACAUCCGGCGAGGACUCCAAAUCUGGCGUUCCACCUCUUUUUCGAGGAUCACCAGGAGAUGCGGAUGGAGGCGAGCUCAAGCAGCUGGCGAAACACAUUGUUUUGAAGUGCCCUAAUCUUCGGCUUCAGGGUCUCAUGACAAUCGGAGCUUUGGAACUUUCGUUAACCGCCACUGAAACGGAGAAGAACGCAGAUUUUGAGCGAUUGAAGGAGACUCGCGACCUACUCUCUGAGUGGCUUGUGCGAGAGUUGGGAGAUGAAGCGAAGGGUAGAUGGGGCGCAGGUGAAGGUCGGUUGGUGCUCAGUAUGGGGAUGUCGAGCGAUUUCGAAGCUGCUCUGAAGGCUGGUAGCGAUAUAGUUCGGGUGGGUACUGGGAUUUUUGGCCAAAGGAAAACGAAGGAUGAGGUCAAGGUUUCUGCGGCGAGUUCGUAACCAUCGAAUCAUGCAGGUGUUGUUGGUAUAGGAUACAGAUCACAAAUGUACACAAAACUCACAAAUAGCAUGGUAAUAGAACAUAAUACUUUGUACAGGGUGCAA